AUGGCUCGCGGCGGUGCCAAGCGCUCCCUCGAGGAGAUCGUGAAUGCGUCCGACUCCGCCGACGAAGACUGGAGUGCAGGAUCCGACCGUCUAUCCCGACGCCCUAACCGCAAAUCCCAGUCGAGUCCCAAGAAGAAGUCGCGGCACACAAAGAAGCGCCGCCGUGGUUCUGACGACAUUGUUUCGGACGAUGCUAGUCUAAGUGAUGAGCUUUCCUUGGAAGAGUCCGAAGAAGACUUGGACGACCCGAGUGUCCCACGAAAUGCGCGAGGAACGGCGCGUCGCCGAACCACCCAGACCAAGAAGACCUAUCAAGAGCCAUCUGACGAGGAGGAGUCAUUUGGGGAUGACGAAGACGGCGAGGGACCGGAAAUUUCGUCUCCUCCGCCGAAGAAAGCUACAGUCGUCACUUUGAAGAUUCGACCUGAGAUCCUCUCCCAGCCUGACCUCAUGACUCGACGCAUUACUCGCCGGACUCGCGGUGCUUCCGAGGAUAUGUACGCGCUGACCAACUCGGGGCAUCAUAUGGAGACCGUCGAACGAGGUACCGUCAGUCCUGAGACUGGUAUGCAACGCCGCCACAAUAGUCGAGCCUUUAAGGCACCCGUGAUUCACGAGGAAUCCGUCGAAACUACCGAGAUUCAAGCAUCCUUGGAGAUUCUGGAAAGCGAUGUCCCCCCGGAAGCUCCCGAAGGCGACACUAUCAUUGCAAAUGAUGGCGACGAUGUUGAAAUGGCCAAUGAAGGUGUUGUUCCCGAGUCCGAGAUCGGCGAUGCAAAGAACGAGGACGACGAUGAUGAGGACGACGAGAUCCCCACUACUCGACGACGAAGUCGAGUCACUCGAAACACCGAUCACGAUGGAGCCGGGGAGGCUGAACCGUCUGAAGACGCUCAGCCCCGUCGCUCCGGCCGCAAGAAGCCCUCUUCUCAGCGCAAAACACAAGACGAAGAAAGCGAUUUCGAACCCGAAGAAGAGGGAUCCAACGACGAUGCCUCUGAUUCUGCCGAGUCUGCCCAUUCGCCGCGCAAGGCUAGCCAGACCCGCGACGACGAUGGAGAAGACAGCAGCGCCGUUGGUCGUCGUCCUGGUCUGCGUAAGCGCGCUACCCAAUCCCGCGGUCAUUCAGAAGUUGCCGAUGAGCUUGCCGAGGAACUUCAUGACCUGCGAGGUGGCCGAUCGAAACGCCGCGCUAUUCAUGAAAUCAUUUCGGAGAAGCCACGCCGCAGUCGCAAGGAAGUUGAUUACCGCCUGAUUCGACCCGAGCACCUUCUACCUAUUGAAGAUGUUGAGAAUGACUUUGUCACGGAGUCUCCCUCCCGCCGUGGACGCGGCGGAGGUGGUGGCGGCUGGCAGCGAACUCUUUUCCCGACAUAUGGACCUUUCGGCGGUGGUGGCCCAUCUGCUAUCCUGGCUCCACCUGGUGCACCUGCUGCAACUGGUGGUGUUGAAAGUGACAGCAGUGAUGAUGAAGGCAUGCACCAAGCUAAGCCUGCUGGACUUGUCCCCGGCGGGCUUGUUCCCCAAACCCACUCCGCCGAUCCCGCUCAGAAUACCUCUGGAACGCCUGCCAACUUUGGCAAAGUCAAGGACAGGCAGGCAUUGGCAGACGCAGACCCUCUGGGAGUUGACGUUAAUGUCAACUUUGACAGCGUGGGAGGUUUGCAAGGUCAUAUCGACCAGUUGAAGGAGAUGGUUUCUCUCCCGCUGUUGUAUCCCGAAAUUUUCCAACGGUUCCAUAUCGUGCCUCCUCGCGGUGUCCUGUUCCAUGGUCCUCCUGGUACGGGUAAGACGCUUUUGGCUAGAGCUCUGGCAAACAGUGUCAGUGCCGAAGGUCGCAAGGUGACUUUCUACAUGCGAAAGGGUGCAGAUGCAUUGAGUAAAUGGGUUGGUGAAGCUGAGCGUCAACUUCGGCUUCUCUUUGAAGAAGCUCGCAAGACACAGCCGAGUAUUAUCUUCUUUGAUGAGAUUGAUGGUCUCGCUCCCGUGCGAUCAAGUAAGCAGGAGCAAAUCCAUGCCUCCAUCGUGUCGACCCUGCUGGCUCUGAUGGAUGGUAUGGAUGGCCGUGGUCAAGUCAUUGUCAUCGGUGCUACCAACAGACCCGACUCGGUUGACCCCGCGCUCCGUCGUCCUGGUCGUUUCGAUCGCGAGUUCUACUUCCCGCUUCCAAAUAACGAGGGUCGACGGGCUAUCCUUGAUAUUCACACCAAGGGAUGGGAUCCCCCCCUCCCCAGCGACAUUAAAGAUGAACUCGCCAAGAUCACCAAGGGCUAUGGUGGUGCGGACUUGCGAGCCCUUUGCACCGAGGCCGCCCUCAAUGCCGUCCAGAGGAGAUACCCUCAGAUCUAUAAGUCUGAUAAGAAGCUGGUGAUUGACCCAAAAAACAUUGACGUCACUCCCAAGGACUUUAUGAUCGCAAUCAAGAAGAUGGUUCCUUCAUCCGAGCGAUCUACAUCUUCGGGGGCAACUGCUCUACCUCAAAACGUCGAACCUCUGCUCCGCCAGCAAUUGCUCGAGAUUGAGACCUCGCUGGCCGAAAUCCUUCCCCAGCGAAAACGUCUGACUGCGCUCGAGGAAGCUCAGUUCGAGGAACCCGACGAUGGGAAUGGUUUCAAGCGAGAGCAGAUUAUGCAGGAAUUUGAUCGGUCUCGCGUUUUCCGGCCGCGUCUGCUUCUUCGGGGUGGCCAUGGUAUGGGUCAGCAAUAUCUUGCGGCUGCUCUUUUGCACCAUUUCGAGGGUCUGCAUGUUCAGGCCUUCGAUCUGCCAACUCUCCUCAGCGACUCUACCCGGUCACCCGAGGCCACUGUUAUCCAACUGUUCGCGGAGGUCAAGCGCCACAAGCCCAGUGUCAUCUACAUUCCGAAUAUUCAAACGUGGUUCGAGACCGUUGGACCAGCAGUCAUUUCCACGUUCAUGGGUUUGCUGCGAUCUGUACCGCCUACAGACCCCGUGUUGCUGCUUGGAGUUCUCGAGUCAACGGGAGAUGACAUUGAUGCUGCUCUAGUACACAAGCUGUUCGGAUUCUCCAAGAAGAAUCUCUACGACCUUGCAGCCCCUGGUCAACAAGCUCGCUCUGAGUUCUUCAGUAAGCUCAUCGAGUACAUCAAAACAGCGCCCUCCGAUUUCCCGGACCCGGAAAACCGCAAGAAGCGACAGCUGGAAGAGUUGGAAGUCGCACCACCUCCGCCCCCCAAGGCCGAUAUUCCAGUCUCCAAGAAGGAGCGUAAAGCUCAGAAGAAGAAGGAUCAUCACACACUCAACCUACUGAAGAUUCGUAUCCAGCCCAUCAUGGACCAGAUUAAGAAGUACAAGCGAUUCCGCCAGGGUGUUGUCGAUGAAUCCCAAAUUCGAUACCUCUGGGAGGAGGAAGAUCCCAACAUUGUUACGAGUGAUCUGCCUCCUGAUCCAUUGAGCCACCGGCCAUAUGAGAAAGCAUACGACAAACACGGCGCACCUGGCCUUCGUGAAGUUAUGACUGGCAAGUUUUACUACAACAUGGAAAUUGUCACCAUGGAGAAGCGCCUGUCUAAUGGGUUCUACAAACGCCCAUCUGAUUUCCUGGCUGAUAUUAAGCGCAUUGCCAAGGAUGCCCGUACUCUUGGUGAACAAGAGCGGCUACUGAGGGCCAAUGAGCUGCUGUCCAAUGUCGAAGUGGAUAUUUCUACUAUUGAACAAGCGGAACCAGCUCUUGUAGCGGAGUGCGAGAAUGUGUACCUGCGCGAGUUGGCCCGUGAAAAGGAGGCUACUGAGCGUGCGCUUAGACUUCAGGAAGAGGCGGAGGCAGCCAUGUCCCGCCCUGGCACCGCCGGUGGACCUAAUGAUCACUCUUCCAACCCGGGUGGCUUGUUCAAGCCUGAUGGCGAUGAGCGUCCGGUCACUCCUACUCGACACGGCCUCGCAAAUGUCAGCUUCGCCAAUGGCAAUGGCUAUCAUAACGGGGGCGGUUCCGACCUGAACGAGCCCGCACCUCACGGUCAAAGUAAUGGCUCUCACGGUGAUGGUGACGGCGAUAUUUUCAUGACCAACUCGGAGGACCACUCUGGCAGCAAAGACACACAAGUCAGCUCCUUUGGGCCGUCUGCACAGCCGAAGCCACCAUAUUCGCACACUGCGCCGUCUCAGCAGAUGCGUCGGGAGUCUGGUAUGUCCAGCUUCUCCCAGACUGGGGUAGUAACCCCCAUGGUAGCCGGGUCUCAGCCUGGAGACUACACCAACGAGGCAUCUACAACACAGACCACUUCCGACAAGAAGUCAUCUGGUCCCGGGCACUCAGUGCAUGACCACACGCAGAGUCUGCAUGGAUCGCGGGAUGAAUUCCCAGAUCUCCACCAGUAUCCUGAUCGUGAUCCGCAGCAGGAAGAGCAUCUGCCCGACACCCAGCAAGGUGGAAGCAGCCAGCCAUCUCCCCGGCCUCGAGAAUAUCAGGCACUGGGGCACGCCGAGGAAAGUGGUCCCCUCAGCGGAAGCCAGUCCCAUCUGAAACCUCAGCCGCCGUUGUUUGACGCCCGUGCUUCCAAGCCCACACCCGAGCUCGACCUCGACCUCGAGUAUGUCGAGCAUCUCCACAAACAGCUGGCAUUGCAGACUAGUGGCUGCUCUGUCGAGCAACUGGAGCAGGUGAACACCUGUCUCAUGGACUUUGUGUGGCGCCAGCGGGGUGAUUGGAAUCGGACAAAUGUUGCUAUGGGCGUCACCGAAACUUUCAAUGCCGUGUUGGAGGACAUGCAGUCCGUCCAGGAGAUCGGAGCCAUCAGCCAAAACACGAAGAUCCAGCUGGAGAACCCUAGCUUCUCGGUGUAA